AUGAGAGCUGAUUAUGCUACUUUUGGAGAUGUUGUUUGCUUUGAUACAACCUACAGAAAAAAUAAUGAAGGUCGGCCAAUUGCUUUGUUUGUGGGUGUAAAUCAUCAUAAACAAUCGAUACUUUUUGGUGCUGCUUUAUUAUAUGAUGAAACUAGUUUGACUUUUGAGUGGUUGUUUAAUACAUUAACUAAAGCUAUGGGUGAGAAAAAACCAAUCACUAUUCUUACAGAUCAAGAUGCAGCAAUGACAAAGGCAUUAGCUUCUAGAUGGCCUGAAACACAUCAUCGUUUGUGCAUUUGGCACAUUUAUCAAAACGCCGCCAUACAUUUGAGUGAAGUUUUUUCUCAAUUUAGAGACUUUUCUAAAGAUUUUGCCUCUUGUGUAUAUGAUUUUGAUGAAGAGGAAGAAUUUAUUUUAGCAUGGAGCAUGAUGUUAGCCAAGUAUGCACUUGAAGACAAUGAUUGGUUGAGGCGCAUGUACAACAUAAAGGAAAAAUGGGCUUUAGUAUAUGGACGACAAAUGUUUUGUGCAGAUAUGAUUACAACCCAAAGAAGUGAGAGUAUGAAUAGUAUUGUCAAAAAAUAUGUCAUUUACAAACACAAGUUUUUAGACUUCUUCAAUCACUUCCAAAGACUCCUUGAUGAUCGUCGAUAUGAGGAAUUGAAAGCUGAUUUCAGAUCAAGUACAACUAUUCCAUCUUUAAUGUUUCCAAUUGAGAUUUUAAAGCAUGCUAGUGAAAUUUAUACUCCUGAGGUAUACAAGUGUUUUCAACAAGAGUGGUGUUUAUCUCAUGAUUCUAGUCUUGAAAUUUGUGAGGAUGUUGAUACAUUUACAAAAUAUAAAGUUACUCCUCACAAAAAGAGAAACCAUCAUAUAGUUACACUUGAUAAGAAAUCUGAAAAAAUUGAGUGUAGUUGCAGAAAAUAUGAAUUUGCUGAAAUUUUGUGUUCUCAUAUUCUGAAAAUAUUUACGUGGAAUAAUAUCAUGAAGAUCCCAAGUCAGUAUGUACUGAAAAGGUGGACAAGAAAAGCAAAAUUUGGAUAUUUUGGAGUUAAUGAUUCAAUGACCAACAAUGCUAGUUUGGAUCCAAAAGUACUUCAAAACAUGCGAUACAAAGAUUUGUGUGGGUUGAAUGUUCAGUUGGUUACCAAGGCAGCAGAAAGAGAUGACACUUACAAGGUUGUUAAAGAUGUUAUGUUGAGCUUGUGUAAGAUGGUGGAUGAUAAGUUGCAAGUUAAUGAAUCCAAUAUCCAACAAUCAAAAGUGAGCCAAGAAUCUUGGGAAUUUGAUUAUGGUGAAGGGAACUCUACUGGAGUGAAAGGAAUUAAAACCAAGAAGAAAACAGUCUCAGGUAAAAGGUUGAAAGGUGGGUUAGAGAAGAAUUCAAGGAAAAGAAAAGCAUCGAGUAAAACAAAUUAA